AUGUCUCCCACGACCACUGAGCCUGGUCCGGAGGAGCCUUCUAUUCGACCUCCUUCAGAGCACGGAGCUAACGCUUCCUCAGCUGCCAGUACUGCUGACUCUUUCCAAUCCCCCUUCUUGGACCCGGAAAAUCCUCCUGGGCCAAAUUUCCCGACUCAAGAAGACGUCUCGAGACUGACUUCGCGAGCUUAUCAGGAUUUCUUCGCUCAUAUGGAAACUCUAGGUCCAUACAAAGGACCAGUCGAGGAUUCGGAAAUCGAUCCAGAUUGGCCCCCGGUGACCCUUGAAUUGGAGCUUUCUCCGCUCCGUCCACAUUCAAGGAUCUCGGACGACGCGGCUGCUCUGGAAUGCCGGCAGCUGGCAAUCACUCGAGGCGCUCGCGUGUUGGAUAAGGACUUUCUGUUCAAUGCCCAUCAGGCUUCGCGCAAAAUGUUCUCAAUAACGUUCUCUAGGGAACUGGAACAAUUGGACGUAGCCCUGACGCGCAUUCAGAUGCUUAGGACCAAAAAAGGAAGGCGAGUAUAUCGCGUCGUCAAGGAAGAGUACACUGCACUGAACAGGAUGUUAUUCAAGCUGUUAAGAAGUUCUCGUGACGCUUUUCGACUAGCCGGAAAGACACCUCCGGAGCUCCCGUCCUGGGGUGAUGAUCUAGACUUAUUAGACUGCCUGAAACCGAGCUCAUUCCUAGUUGCUGCGGUUUGCCUUCGUGUCGAGGUGGAGCAUUUCUUAUGGAUCCUCGAUAAGCAUUAUGACUUUGAGGAAGAUCGUCCACAAGACCGCUUUGUUACUCCCUCGGUGGAUCAACUUCACGUUUCCGAGAGCAUUAGCACAGCACCUCGACGCUCGGCUAGCCUGGCGACGGCCGGAACGGCUCGUCCUGGUCAGGAAAGUUAUGUCUAUGAUCCAAUUUCAAAACUCCAACCCUAG